AUGUCAAACAUACGCGUUGCUUUCAAAGUCCACGGCACUGUUCAAGGAGUUGGCUUCCGGGACUUCACUCAAAAGGCUGCAAAGCUCUAUGAUCUCAAGGGUUGGGUUAGGAAUACUACCUGCGGAAGGGUCGAGGGCGAGGCACAGGGUCCUGAUGAGAAAGUGCAAAAGUUCCUCCAGCGCAUUGACAAAGGACCAUCCAUGGCUCAAGUGGUAAAACUGGAGAAGCGAAGUUUGGAUUUGCGUGAGGAUGAAGAGGGAUUCUCUGUGAUGCGGACUGCAGAGUCCAUGUUUAAACCGGAGAACUAG